ACAGUCCGGCGGCGGGAAGGACUGACGGAGCCGUGCGCCGCCGGCUCCUCCGCGGCCAUGGCCGAGCGCGCCGCUCGCCGCUGCUGCCUGGGCUGGGACUUCAGCACGCAGCAGGUAAAAGUUGUUGCUGUUGAUGCAGAGCUGAGUGUCUUCUAUGAAGACAGUGUGCAUUUUGACAGAGACCUUGUAGAAUUUGGGACUCAGGGUGGAGUUCAUGUUCACAAGGAUGGCCUGACAGUGACCUCUCCGGUCCUGAUGUGGGUCCAGGCUCUGGAUGUCAUCUUGGAGAAGAUGAAGGCUUCGGGCUUUGACUUCUCUCAAGUCCUCGCCUUGUCUGGGGCAGGCCAGCAACAUGGAAGCGUGUACUGGAAGACGGGGGCCGGCCAGGUGCUGACAAGCCUGUCACCGGACCUUCAGCUGCGUGAGCAGCUACAGGCCUGUUUCUCCGUCAGCGACUGCCCGGUGUGGAUGGACUCCAGCACCGCGGCCCAGUGCCGCCAGCUGGAGGCCGCCGUGGGCGGGGCCCGGGCCCUCAGCCGCCUCACCGGCUCCCGCGCCUACGAGCGAUUUACAGGAAACCAGAUUGCAAAGAUUUACCAGCAGAACCCCGAGGCCUACUCAUGCACAGAGAGGAUUUCCUUGGUCAGCAGUUUUGCGGCUUCUCUCUUCCUUGGGUCUUACUCCCCUGUGGACCACAGUGAUGGUUCUGGAAUGAAUUUGCUGCAGAUUCAGGACAAAGUCUGGUCACAGGCUUGCCUUGGAGCCUGCGCACCUCGCUUAGAGGAGAAGCUUGGCCGGCCGGUGCCAUCCUGCUCCGUUGUGGGAGCCAUCUCUUCCUACUUCGUCCAGCGCUAUGGGUUUCCUCCAGGAUGCAAAGUGGUGGCCUUCACUGGGGACAACCCAGCAUCGCUGGCAGGCAUGAGGCUGGAGGAAGGUGACAUUGCGGUCAGCCUGGGCACCAGCGACACGCUGUUCCUCUGGCUGCAGGAGCCCACGCCCGCCCUGGAAGGCCACAUCUUCUGCAACCCGGUUGACCCCCAGCACUACAUGGCGCUCCUGUGCUUUAAAAAUGGCUCCCUGAUGAGAGAGAAGAUCCGGGAUGAGUCUGCUUCAGGUUCCUGGAGCGAGUUCUCCAAGGCGCUGCAGUCCACGGAGAUGGGGAACGGCGGAAACCUGGGUUUUUAUUUUGAUGUCAUGGAAAUCACCCCAGAAAUUAUCGGACGCCAUAGGUUUAGUGCAGAAAACCAUGAGGUCUCGGCAUUCCCCCGGGAUGUGGAGAUUCGAGCACUGAUCGAGGGACAGUUCCUGGCCAAGAAGAUUCAUGCUGAGGCGCUGGGCUAUCGAGUCAUGCCCAAGACAAAGAUUUUGGCCACCGGAGGAGCAUCUCACAACAGAGACAUCCUACAGGUACUUGCAGAUGUGUUUGGUGCACCCGUGUACAUCAUAGACACCGCCAACUCUGCCUGUGUGGGCUCCGCUUACCGAGCUUUCCACGGCCUUGCAGCUGGAACAGACGUGCCCUUCGCAGAGAUAGUGAAGUUAGCCCCGAAUCCCAGAUUAGUUGCAACCCCAACGUCAGGAGCGUCUCAGGUCUAUGAGGCCCUCCUCCAGCGGUAUGCUAUGCUUGAGCAGAGAAUCCUGAGCCAGACCCGGGGGCCUCCAGAGUGAAUUCUGCAGGCCCAGGCCCCCUGACCCCACCUGGAGAUGUGGCCUUGGACAGCUGGGAUCCUCUUCCCUAUUCUGGGCAGCUCUGCCCUCCUCACUUCCCCACCUGAUUUCUUGCAGUGCUCCAGCCCUGCCUAGGACCACCUUAAAGCCCAUCUUAGCACAUCCUCCUGAGUCCAGAUGGGCUGCUUGCGUCCCCAUGCCGUUGUGCUCAGGGCAGGAAGGCAUCUCUCUUUUCCUGUCUUUAUCCCAGGAGGCAAGAUAACACUGAGCUUGGGAUAUAGCCAAGAAAAGUUGUCUCCCCUUUCAGGACCUAAAUCAGCAGAUUGGGAAAGACAAAGCGAAAUAAAUAGAUUCUUUCCUCUUUAUUCACCAGUUUUCAGGAUGAUAAGUUGAUCCCCAAACAUGCUCUGAAAGCAGUUAGGUUUUUAGUAUCAGUAUGAUACAUUUAACAUACUUUGUAUGUCUUAAUCCAUUGCAGUGAUGAUUCUUCUUUUUGUCUUCUUUAUGACAACCAUUCUCUCCAACUUUUCUCCUGCUUUCCUUGUGUGCAUGUGUACGCAGUCAUGUUCAACUCUGGAUGCCAUGGACUGUAGCCACCUGGCUCCUCUGUCCAUGGGAUUUCCCAGGCAAGAAUGCUGGAGUGGGUUACCAUUUUCUUCCCCACCUGCUUUCCUUAUUUAUCAUUCAUUCUUUCUUCUUUACUGAGACUUCUGCCCUGUCUACUCUUCUAUUAUUGAUGGGCCCCAAAUCUCUGUUCCCAUUCCUCCUUCUCUCCAAUUCUGUCCCCUCUUGUUGGAUGAUUUCAUCUAGCCUUGGACCUCAGCUGCUCCUUAAAUGCUAGUUACACCCAGCUUGGUGUUUGCAGCCAGAACUCUGUCUGGAGUUGGUCAGCAUUCUCACAGAGGUACUUCAGAUGCAACUCAUCUUCCCAUGCCCUUCCCCAAACCUCCUCCUCCAGACUUCGUGUUUCAGUGAAUUGGUACCACCAUCUACCCAUUAUUCAUUCGUGAACCCAAACUCAGAACUCAGAUAUCUGCUUUCCCACCUCAGAUCCGUCACCAAGUAACUUUGGUUAUUCCUUCAGUAAUCCCUUAAAAGUAGUUCCUUUCUCUCCACCCCUCCCUGUUUUACUUUAGACCCUUUUAUUCCUUGCUGAAAUUAUUGCAAAAGCCUCCAUAGAAAGUCCUCUGUGACCUGCCUCCUGCAAAAUCCUCCAGAUUUUUCUGUUGCUACAGGCCUGCACCUAAGUUGGACUUGGGUUAAACCUAACUACUUGCCGUCUCAUCCAGAGGACACAAAUGCUGCAACAGGUUUGAGACCUAGAGGAUCAGAGCAGAGACUGGUGGGAAGUCAAGGGAAGGAGUUUAGAGGUUUAAGUAGGAUAAGAGAUACCACAUCUGAAAAAGAUGAAGUCAUCUUGAAAGGGAGUGAUACCCUUCUAAGCUUGAUGGAUGAAGGCAAAAAAGGAAGCAAAAAGCUGAAGACCACAGCCCAUCAACAGCAGGUCAAAGAUUCAGAAGAAAAUUAGACAACUCUCCCCCCACCUCACCACCACUUGGACUUACUUAUUAAAGAAAUUCCAUUACUGACCAACAAACAAGAAGUCUCCUACCAAAAAACAGAGAAAGUUGCUCAAUCCACUCCUCAUUUUACCCCUGCCCCCAUAGAGUUGCCCAUUAUUACAGGGAUAUCAACAUAAACAGAAAAAGGAGCUGAUUAUUUAUACAAAUAUGAGAAGAAAACAAAGUGAGAAUGAUAACUUUUAAAGCUAAUGAAAUACUUCACGUAAAAAGGAACAAAGGAUAAAUUGUAACAACCCUCUAACAUGAACUUCAAAAAAUUAGAAAUAAUUGUGGCUAUGAAAGAAUACCACAGAUCAGAUAUCUAAAAACUCAGAAUAAAAAUGAAAAUGUGAACAAUGGAUAACGUGAAGAGAAUGGACCAAACUUGGGAAAUAAUUUGAACAGAAAGAUAAAAUCACCCUAGAUGAUGAAGACUAAAUUACAACAUAUCCAAAUGAAAAUAAGAAUGACCACAAGUACUAUAAAUCAUAUAGAAGAUAAGAAUGAAAAAAGCUAAGGCAGCAAAAACAACAUGAAGAGCUGGAAAGGCCCAGAAAGAAAAUGACAGACAAAGUCUCUGAAAAGAUCAGGUUGGCAUCAAAAAGCAAGGUAGCAGUGGAGCAAAUGUUCAAGAAACUCAGAGAAAAGUUAUGAACCGAGUGUUUUGUGUCUAGUUAAACUGCCCUUUACGUAUCAAGGAUUUUUUUUUUUUUAAGUUUUAAUCAUACAAGAGCUCAGUAAAUAUUGUACUCAACUCCUCAGUAUUCUACUAAAACAAGCCUCAUCCAAUUAGGAGAUGAUUGGGGAAACUUCAGCAAAAGGAUUGCUAGUGAGCACUGAAUCGUUUUAGAUCUAAGACCAAAGUGAAAGUGGGGAUUAGGGUGGAAGAAGAGUAUCAAAUGGUACAUGUUUCGACAAGGUAGAAGUAACAACUAAAUUAAAAAAAAGAAGAGGACAGUAUAAAGAGCUGUCAUGAGAAUUCCCUAGUAGUCCAGUGGCUAAGACUCUGUUCUCCCAAUGCAGAAGGCCUGGGUUUGAUCCGUUGUCAGGGAACUAAAUCCCACUAAGACCUGGUGUAACCAAAUAAGUAAAUAAAUAGAUAAAUGUUUAAAAUAUAUAUAUAUAUAUAUAACCUCAAAGAGCUCUGUUGCAAAGGCAAAAUGUACUCCUGGGGCAAAGGGAAAACAUAAAGCAAAAUUUCAGAGUGUCCAAUGAAGUGAUUGAGGGAAUGCCCUGAUGGUACAGUGGUUAGGACUCAGCAUUUUCACUGUCUCUGUUUGAUCCCUGGUAGGGGAAAUGAGAUCUUGCAAGUUGUACCGCGGGGCAAAAAAAAAAUAAAAAUGUUCAAGAUCUAGGUGUAAAAUACUUAUAAAACUUAUAGAAAUGUGUUAAAAAGAAAAAAUUAAUGGACAGAAAAAAGAUUGAUAAUGAAAUCUAUAGGCUAUAAUUAAAACAGUGACAGGUGAAGUAUAGCUUUAUAAUACUGUAACAUUGAUAAAAAUAAAACAGUUAAAUGAAUUAAAAAUAUAGGAAAAAGUAAAAUGUCAAUUCUACCCAAUUAAAAAAAAAGACACUUUCUUUUUUGUUUGUUUUUUAAUGGAAAGAUAAAUGCUUUACAGAAUUGUGUUGGUUUCUGCCAAGCAUCAACAUGAAUCAGCCAUAGGUACACAUAUGUCCCCUGACACUGUAUUUCUUUUAUCUCCUGAAAGUCCAUUUCUGAAGUAUUUCAUUCUCUCUUCAUGAUGUUCCUGUUUCCAAAUGUCUUUCAGCAUGUUUAAAAUAGCUUUUUAAAAAUUCCUUGACUGAUAAUAACAUCAUUUCUGCCAUUUCUGUCUGUUUCUAAUGACUGAUUUUCCUCCUGAUGGGUUACAUUUUCCUGCUUCUUCUCAUAUUCAGUUAUUUUAAAAAUUAAAUGUUGGGCAUUGGAAAUUCUUUUAUGGUACAGUGCCAGAUGUGUUGAAUUCUUUUAAAAAGGUGUUGACCUGUUGUCUGGUAGGUAUUUAAGUUACUUAUAGACCAGCUUGAUCACGGCAAGGCUUGGCAGUGUGCCUUGACUCCAGGGCUAGUUCAUCUCCACUGCCCUUGGAGUGACCCUCUGAGUCUUUACUCCCAGUGUCCUGGGUGUUGAGUAAGGACUUGUCCGCUUUGACCAGUUAGAAAUAAAAAGUGUUCUGUGCCAGUCUUGGAGCUAUUCAGCUUGCUUGCUUCCCUCAUGGAGUUUGAUUCUAAGUAUGUGAAACCCUGAAUUCAGCAAAAGCCCCAAGGAGACUUGUCUGCAGACCUCCAGCUUUCUCAGUGCCGUGCCCUCCUCUCUCUACGCUGCUCCUUCAGUUUUCUCAUCUCCAACCUCUGUCUCCGAUCCCAACUCUGCAAGGUGGCCAGGUUCUGCUUGUUUUACACUCUUGCUGCACUGUGGACUGGAAUGUGUCUCCAGGCAGAAAGCGGGGGCAAUCAUAAGCCUCACUUCAACUAUUUCUCUUUUCACAGAGGUUUCAAGAUGGUGCAAAAUCCAAAGAUAGUUGACUCCUAUCUUUUGUCCAGUUUCCUUGUCAUGGCUCUGAAGGGCAAAUAACUGUUCCAGCUACUGCAUGAUGACUGGAAGUAAAACAUCUUAUCCAGCACUUCCAGAGGUUUCUCCACCUUGUAGGAGCCUGACCUAAAAAGGAGGCUUGGCCUGUCAGUUUUAAGAGUUCACAAGGAUGGACCAUUCUAGCUUUUUUCUAUUCUUACCAGUCUCUUUGAUUCACUCACUAUUGAAUUGAAGGAAAAAACCCCUCCUAGUUUCACCAACUGUUCUUGUUACUGAAUCAGUGCUUUCCAGUGACUAUCUCUUAGCUAUUUUGGGAUUCUGUAUUUCCCAGGUACCUCUUCCACCCCAUUCCUCAGCUUCCCCUUGCACAGACUAGUCCAUGAAGCUUUUUUUGCGGUUGGUGGUUGUCUCGACUCAUUUGUAUUUGGUGUUUUGGGGGAAACCUUGUCACCUGGUUUUAUUGUAAAUGUACAUGGAUUUUCUGUUGUUUUUUUUUUUUUUUCUUCUUCCAUGUAGUUACUCUGUGAGAAUUUUGGAAGAUUCAAAAGGUAUGCAGCCACUAACCUAGCCUCCAUCUUCUCAGAAUCUGGUAGAAGUUUUAAGAGCUUGAAUGUACUUUACCAGGCUCUUGUCCCCCUCUCUCUGCAAUAGUAGAAGCAUGUAUCAAAGUGUAGCCUCCACCAGCCUGUGUCACUAAGUUACUAUAAUGAGUAUAGCUUGCUUCCGGACCCCCAGCAGACUUACAGUAUGAGUGAGAAAUAAAUUUUGUUGUUUUGAGCCACUGGGGUUUGGGGAUUUUCCAUUAGCACAGCAUAAUCUAAUCUGUUAUAAGAGCUAUGGAGAGUUACCUUUUUACCUAAUUACCAUCUAAGCCAACUGAUUUAGUUGACCUCAAGGUAACCACCACUAAGUUAAGACAGGGUGGGAAGAACUGUGGGGACAAGAAAGAAAACAGUUUUGAAAUGUCUGGGAAAUAACUUUUGAAGUUGAUGGCAUGUGGGACAGGUUGGAAGUAAAUGGAUACGUUUAGGGAGAAUUGUAUUGCCAAAAAAGCCAUGCACCCAUCCAAUUAACAUACCCCCUGAAAUUGUUUAAUGUACUGGUAAUUUAAUGUACCUAAAUUACCCACUAAUAUAUAUUCAUGUAUGUUUCCCAUAGUUCUCAUAAUUACCCGCUAUGGUAUAUCUCUAUAAUCAGGGCCUUUCAUGAGCUGAAACAGGCUGGGGCUACUUCUGUAUGUUUAAGUAAAAAGGUCUCUAAAUAAAAUGACAAAAAUUGUGCUUCCUUUAA